GUCUAAACUCUAAAGCGCAAACCUGUGUGAUAUAUAAAACCGUCUCUUCCACACAACUCAUCCUCUCUGCCAUAGCAGCUGCCAAAACAAAAGGAGGUAAGACAUGGUUUCGCUCAAGCUCCAGAAGAGGCUCGCCGCGAGCGUGCUCAAGUGUGGUCGCGGCAAGGUCUGGCUCGACCCCAAUGAAGUCAGCGACAUCUCCAUGGCCAAUUCUCGCCAAAACAUACGGAAGUUGGUCAAGGAUGGUUUCAUCAUCAGGAAGCCAACCAAGAUCCACUCUCGAUCUCGUGCACGCCGCAUGAAGGAGGCUAAGAGGAAGGGGCGUCACUCUGGACAUGGUAAGCGUAAGGGUACAAGGGAGGCAAGGCUUCCUACCAAGAUCCUGUGGAUGCGGAGGAUGCGUGUGCUCAGGCGUUUGCUUCGCAAGUACAGGGAAUCAAAGAAGAUUGACAAGCACAUGUACCAUGACAUGUACAUGAAGGUUAAGGGUAAUGUUUUCAAGAAUAAAAGAGUCCUCAUGGAGAGCAUCCACAAGUCAAAGGCUGAGAAGGCGAGAGAGAAGACUCUGUCCGAUCAGUUUGAGGCUAAGCGGGCAAAGAACAAGGCUAGCAGGGAAAGGAAACAUGCUAGGAGGGAGGAACGCUUGGCUCAGGGACCUGGAGAGAGAGCACCGCCAGCUGCUGAGCCAGCUGCUGUUGCCCCAUCUCAACCAACACAGGGAUCUAAGAAAUCCAAGAAGUGAGUCCAAUGAGGAGAACUGAUGGAUUGAUGACUCGUGAUGAUCCAUUUGCCUCAAGUUACUUGGGUAGAUUAGUUUUGACGAGCAAGUUUGUUUGUUUGUUUUGGACUUCCGUACUUUAUUUCCUGGUUAAAAGAGAUUUCAAAAUCCUUGUACUCUGUAUGAAGCUUAGUUUUCUUUUGUUAUCUAUUGAUCGGUUUUGGUCUCGAUCUACCUACUUAUGUUUUGUGAUUUCAUAUGAAAAGCUCGUAUUCUAAUUUC